AAUCAAAAUGGUUGGCUCAACAUUGAAAAGGCUUGCGGAGGAGAACGACUCGGAGAAUGCUGACCAGAUGCAGGUGAAGAAGUUAAAAGUGCCUUCAAGUGAGGCAGCCACAAAGCGUGCGGUUCUGGUUGAACUGCAGGCCAACAAGGAGGCAGCCAUCGGUCCAGAGCCAGGGGCCUCCAUCGCAGACAUCGAUGCCAACGACAAGGAGAACCUCGAGCUGGUCUCGGAGUACGUCAACGAUAUCUACGACCAUCUGUACCAGCUGGAGAUCGAGCUGCCCAUUCACAAGGAUCACCUGGCCGGGCAGAAGGACAUCACCCACAAGAUGCGAGCCGUGCUAAUCAACUGGAUCAACGAGCUGCACCAGGAGUUCCAUAUGGUUGAGGAGACCUUCCAGCUGGCCGUGGCCAUCAUCGAUCGCUAUCUGCAGGCGGUCGCGAAUACGAAGCGCAGCAAUCUGCAGCUGGUGGGCGUGACGGCCUUCUUGAUUGCCGCCAAGUACGAGGAGGAGCUGUCGCCGGCCAUCAAAGACUUGGUCUACUUCACCGAAGACACCUACUCGGCCCGUGAGAUCCGUCUGAUGGAGCUGCAGAUCUUCAAGACCAUCGAUUGCAAUCUUUCGCGUCCGCUGCCAAUUCACUUCCUGCGGCGCUACUCAAAGGCCGCUGGGACAAAGGUCGAGCAGCAGGCCAUGGCCAACUAUUUUGUGGAGCUGGCUGCGAUGGACUACGGUUUGGCCAGCUAUAAGCCCUCGGAGAUUGCUGCAGCCUCGCUCUUUCUGUCGCUGCACCUGCUCAACGGCAACCCCCGGGCCGGCACUGGCCUCGACGACCAGCACUGGUCCCCAACGCUGGCCCACUACUCUCGCUACACGGCCACGCACUUGAGGCCCAUCACUCGACAGAUCGCCAGACUGGUGCGCGAUGCACCGCAGGCCAAGCUGAAGGCCAUCCACAACAAGUACCAGGGCAGCUGGUGCCAGAAUGUCGCGCUCCGCACCGAGCUUAGCGGCCCCCUGAUGGACUCCAUUGUGGACCAGACCCUGAAGCAGUAGUACU